GGCUGUGUGGCGUUACAGUGGCGCAGGGCGGCGCUGUUGCAGCUCCCCGUCCAAAGUGAGCUGCAGUUUUCCGCAUUGCUGCCGUAUCAUCAAACGCUGUCAACAUGGCGUCGGCCCUCGGUCGCCUGGCUUGGCUGUCGGCUCUCAGAAACGUCCGCUCCUCCCAGCUGACCGCCUCCAACGGGCCGGGGCGGACCGUGACACCGCGCCGGACAGCCGUGUGCACUUCAUCCGGUGCCAUUCCGCCCAAACCCAAGAAGACCCCCUUCGGCCUCAUCCGGAUUGCUCUGGUACUGGUGCCCUUCUUGUAUGUGGGGACUCUGAUCAGCAAGAACUUUGCUGCGCUGCUGGAGGAGCACGACAUCUUCGUCCCCGAGGACGAUGACGACGACGACUGAGGGGUCUGCAGGCUUCCUGGUUAUUAGGGCAUCUUGUUUUGUCACUACCACUGGGACGAGUCUAUGAGCCUCUGAGCCCAUAAAUGCCUUUCUGGUGUUCCCUCUGCUGUGUUUUCAAGUCGCAUCUGUCUGCACUGGAUUCAGGGUUUUUCCUGUUAUAGAUACUGAGAUAGCGCCGUCUCAGGCUGAUUGUACCGUACUCUAUUUGCAUGCACUACUAAAAUCUUAAUAAAAAGGGAAUAACAACUGUUAA